AUAGGUAAAAUAACUCACAAAAAAGGGUUGAGAAAGACACGUUUGCCAAAAAUAAAAAACAUUAGUAAUGAAAAAACAUUUUGCCACUAAGUCACUAAGUAUAUUAAAAUUAGGUAGUACAUUAAUCAGUGGGGUUCAAUAUGACAAUUUAACAACUUACAAGAAGAGAAGUAUAAAAAAAUUCAACCAUGAAAAUGGAAAUACUACAUAUUUAUACAUAGAUCAUUUCAUUUCAUAGAAUAAUAAGAUUAGUGUAGAGAAAAAAGAAAUACUAAAAAAAAAAAAGGAAAAAUUCAAGUAGACGUUACUCUAUGCAUUACCCUUAUAUUGACUCAAUUCAUCUUCCUGUCGUCCUACGUUCUCUACCAUUUCUUCCUACUCUUGCUUUGCUUCAUCCUUGUACAACCACCACAAUUACUCACCCCCCUCUUCUCCUCUCUUUCUCGAUCGAUCAUCUCUAUUUCCAUUACCUAUGAUUUGAUGCGCUAACAAAAGCUCUUCAUAACAAACGAACUUAUAUAUCACUAGAUUAUAUGAUAAAGUUUCCAAGAACUUGAUGAAUUUGUCCGAAAUUAUAAAAUGUUAUGCAAUAUAAUUGUUUAGUAAAAGUUUAAGAUUUGCAUUUGAAGGAGGAGGUAGAAGAUUGAAGAAGAGAAGCAAAUAAAAUGAGUUCAUUUACUACUCCAAAUGAGACUAGACAAAGGUCCUACGUAUCAAUUGAAGACAUUUACAAAAGGAAGUUGCACAGAAGCAAAGCAAAAGAUACCGAGAAACAAUCCAACAUAUCUAUCCUAGACAACAAGGGUGUCAGGACCAAGUUACCACUCUUGAAACUUGCCCUACUCAUCAUUGUCUCUGUUACUUUCAUCACUAUAUUUUUGCACUCUCCAGCCUUUUGUGGUCAUCACCACUUAUCGUCACACUCCAUCUCCCGGCCUAUUUUGAUGAAAAGAUGGAUAUGGGGUAGUACUGAUCCUAGAUACACAUCACACUUACAAAUAAAUUGGGAUGACAUCUCAAAAGUUCUUGACAAACUUAAUGAAAAAGAGUACCAUUCAAUUGGCCUUUUAAACUUUAACAAAGAUGAAAUAAAAUCCUGGAACCAGAUAAUUCCUGAACUUGAACAUACUGUCCUGAACCUAGACUAUGCUGAAGAAAACGUAACAUGGGAAGCGUUGUAUCCUGAAUGGAUCGACGAGGAGGAAGAGAAGGAUGUACCAUUUUGCCCUUCACUUCCAAAGCUCGAGCCACCAAGGAAACGCCUUGACCUCAUUGUUGUGAAGCUGCCUUGUCAGGUUGAUCAGCAGAAUUGGUCUAGAGAUGUUGCGCGGUUGCACUUACAGCUUGCAGCAGCUGGACUUGCAACUUCAGCCAAGGGGAAUUACCCUGUUCACUUGCUUUUCAUCACUAACUGCUUCCCAAUACCGAACUUGUUUAGUUGUAAGGAGUUGGUUAAACAUGAAGGAAAUGCAUGGUUGUAUAAGCCAAACUUGAAUAAGUUGAGAGAAAAACUUCAGCUUCCUGUUGGUUCUUGUGAACUUGCUCUUCCUCUCAAAGACAAAGAGAUGUCAUACAGGGGAAACCCAAGGCGGGAAGCUUAUGCAACAAUCCUGCAUUCGGCUCAUGUCUAUGUCUGUGGUGCCAUAGCAGCAGCUCAGAGCAUCCGAAUGGUAGGGUCUACUAGAGACUUAGUCAUCUUGGUCGACGAGUCCAUCAGUGACUACCAUCGGAGUGGUCUUGAGGCAGCAGGAUGGAAGAUCAGGACAAUCCAAAGGAUAAGGAAUCCAAAAGCAGAAAAAGAUGCCUACAAUGAAUGGAACUACAGUAAGUUCCGAUUAUGGCAACUAACAGAUUACGACAAGAUCAUCUUCAUUGAUGCUGAUCUACUCAUCCUAAGGAACAUGGACUUCCUUUUCAGUAUGCCGGAGAUAUCAGCCACAGGAAACGAUGCUACUCUAUUUAACUCGGGAGUCAUGGUUAUAGAACCCUCGAAUUGCACUUUUCAGCUACUUAUGGAUCAUAUAAAUGAAAUCGAAUCAUAUAAUGGAGGUGAUCAAGGAUACCUUAAUGAAAUUUUUACUUGGUGGCACAGAAUUCCUAGGCAUAUGAAUUUUUUGAAGCAUUUUUGGGUAGGCGACGAGGAAGAGAAGAAGCAAAUGAAGACUAGGCUAUUUGGGGCAGAACCCUCUAUACUUUAUGUGCUACACUACCUUGGUAUCAAGCCAUGGUUAUGCCAUAAGGACUAUGACUGUAAUUGGAAUACAGAUUUCUUACAGGAGUUCGCGAGUGAUGUAGCUCAUGCAAGGUGGUGGAAAGUGCAUGAUGCAAUGCCAGAGAACCUGCAGCAGUUUUGUCUGUUGAGAACAAAGCAGAAGGCUCAGAUUGAGUGGGAUAGAAGGCAGGCUGAGAAAGGGAAUUACAGUGAUGGGCAUUGGAAGAUCGCGGUUAAAGAUAAGAGGAUGAAGAAGUGCAUUGAUAAAUUGUGCAACUGGAAGGGUAUGUUGAAGCAUUGGGGUGAGACAAAUUGGACUGAUGAUGAGCCUAUUGCUCGUGCACCGCCUGCUAUUAAAGUGACUCCUCUUUCUUCCUUACAUUAAACCAGGAUUUUUGAUCAAUUUUUUCCCUUUUAUUUUAUUUUCUGAAAAUACCGCGAUAUACUUGGAUUCAUCUUUGGAUUUGGUUUAGCUAUAGAAUGUAUACAAACUGCAUAAAGCUCUUCACUAUAGUAAUUUAGCCUCUUAACCUCCACACUAUUACAGAAAUACAGAGCAGAUGUUUCAGAAAUCAAAUCAGCUGUCCAUUUUUUUUUU